AAUGGCAGAAACAAUAGAAGAAGAAAUUAAUCUUGAGGAGUUUGAGAUGAAAGAAGAGACAGUUUUCAAGGAAGAAGAAAUCCUUCUCUCCUCUACUGUAGAGAACAUAUGUACUGUAUAUGUACAGGGAGAAGGAAUAAAGGAGGAAGAGUGUGAGCUGAAGAAGGAAAUAGUUUAUAUCAAGGAUAAAGUUAUUACUCCUUCUACUGUAGAGAACACAUGUACUGUAUAUGUACAGGGAGAAAAGGUCACGAUGGAAAAUUCUGGAAUACAAGGUGAAAUAGUUCUCAAUGAAGAGGAUCCUCGCUUGUUGGAUCAAAGAUAACCAAGAAGAGGAAACCAGAAGGAGUGAGAUAUCUAUGUGAUAAAUGUGAGUUUUCUACAACCAGCCUUAGUUAUCUCAGAGUGCAUAUUAAGAAUAAGCACGAAGGAGUAAGUUAUCCAUGUGAUAAAUGUGAGUUUGCUGCAGCCAGAGAAAGUUAUCUCAGAAAACACAUUGAGAAUAAACAUGAAGGAGUGAGAUAUCCCUGUGAUAAAUGUGAGUAUUUUGCAACCAGCCGAAGUCAUCUCAGAGAACAUAUUAAAAACAAACAUGAAGGAGUAAGAUAUCCUUGUGAAAAAUGUGAAUUUUCUUCAGCUACUGUAAGGAAUCUUAAAAUACAUAUUGCAGGUAAACAUGAAGGAGUGAUAUAUCCCUGUGAUAAAUGUGAGUAUUUUGCAACCAGCCGAAGUCAUAUCAGUGAACAUAUUAAGAACAAACAUGAAGGAGUGAGAUAUCCUUUUGAAAAAUGUGAAUUUUCUUCAGCUACUGUAAGGAACCUUAAAAGAGAUAUCGCACGUAAACAUGAAGGAGUGAGAUAUUCUUGUGAUAAAUGUGAAUACUCUGCAACUCGCGUAAAUUCUCUUAAAAUACAUAUGGAGAAUAAACAUGAAGGAUCGUGAGAUAUCCUUGUAAAUAAAAAAUUCAGUAAAUCAUAAAGAAAUGACCUGGAUUUU